AGAAUGGCUGGAGAAAAUCACUCUACAGUGACAGAGUUCAUUCUUGAGGGUUUAACAAAUCGACCAGAGCUCGGGUUCCCCCUCUUCCUCCUCUUCCUUGGGAUCUAUGUCACCAUGAUAGGGAACCUGGGCAUGAUAACACUGAUUUGUCUAAAUGCUCAGCUUCGCACCCCCAUGUACUACUUCCUCAGCAACCUGUCUCUUGUGGAUCUCUGCUACUCCUCUGUCAUUACCCCUAAGAUGCUGGUGAACUUUGUGACAGAAGAGAACAUCAUCUCCUAUGCAGGGUGCAUGUCCCACCUCUACUUCUUCCUGGUGUUUGUCGUUGCUGAGUGUUACAUGCUCACAGUCAUGGCCUAUGACUGCUAUGUCGCCAUCUGCAGCCCUUUGCUUUACAACAUCAUCAUGUCACAUUGAUUCUGCUCCCUGCUGGUGGUUGGGGUCUAUGCCAUGGAGCUCAUUGGCUCAACCAUAGAGACUGGCCUCAUGUUGAAACUGCCCUACUGUGAGCUCCUCAUCAGUCAUUACUUCUGUGACAUCAUCGCCCUCAAGAAUCUCUCCUGCUCUAGCAGCUAUCAUAUUGAGAUGACAGUCUUCGUUUUGGCUGGAUUCAACAUCGUGGUCACCAGCGUAACAGUCCUCAUUUCCUACACCUCCAUCCUGUCCCGCAUCCUCUACAUCAGCACCACAAGGGGAAGGUCCAAAGCCGUCAGCACCUGCAGCUCCCACCUUGCUGCAGUGGGGAUGUUCUAUGGAACGACUGCAUUCAUGUACUUGAAACCCUCCACAGCCAGUUCCCCAGCCCGGGAGAAAGUGGCCUCCAUGUUCUACACCACAGUGAUCCCCAUGCUGAACCCCCUAAUCUACAGCUUGAGGAAUAAGGAGGUAAAGGCUGCCAUGAAGAAAACUCUGAGGGGAAAAUUGUUUUGA